CUACAAAGAACAGGCUGUUAUCUGAAUGAUAAAAAACAAAAAACCUCCUGAAGCCUAAGAGGGCGGGAUGAGGGCCCAGAAUUGAAACCCAGCAGCUUCAGAAAAACCCGGAGUUCAUUCAUUCCUGUUUCCCAACUCUAACAUGCUCCCGGAGUCCAACGCUGCCAACAAAGUCACUGAUUACGAGGCGGCGACCUCCUUCCUGGGAGAAUGGGGACCUUUCCAGCGGCGGGUCUUUUUCCUCCUCAGCCUGAGCGUCGUCCCUAAUGGACUCACCGCCUUCUCCAUCGUGUUUCUGGCCGACACGCCGGAUCACCGCUGCGCGCUGCCCGCGCACCUGAACCUCAGCGCGGCGUGGAGGAACAGCAGCAUUCCGCUGGAGGAGGAUGCGAGCCGCGACGGCGCUUUGGUGCCCAGCAAGUGCUCUAGAUACAAAGUGGAAUAUUUACUAAAUUACUCGGAGAGAGGCUUUCUGCCCGGAUUGGACGUUAAUCUGUCCAAUGUGCCCAGAGAAAGCUGCCUGGACGGCUGGGAGUUUGACCACAGGUAUACAUCUACCAUUGUCUCUGAGUGGAACCUUGUGUGUGAUGAAAGCUGGAAGAGCCCACUGACAUCUUCCAUCUUCUUCUGUGGUGUUUUCACUGGCUCAUUCAUUUCUGGACAACUCUCUGACAGGUUUGGGAGGAAAAUUGUGAUGUUUGCCACCAUAGGCCUGCAGGCGGUCUCCAGAUUCAUUCAAGUCUUCUCUCCAAGCUGGAUGGUUUUCUGUGCUUUGUAUUUCAUUGUGGGCAUGGGCCAAGUUUCAAAUUAUAUUGUCGCAUUUGUUUUAGGAAUGGAGGUUCUGGGCCCUCGUACCCGGACAGUUUUCUCCACGGCUGCGGUCAGUCUGUUCUUUGGUGUGGGCUACAUGCUUCUGCCUCUGUUUGCGUUCUUCAUCACUGACUGGAGGAUGCUGCUGCUGGCCCUGAUGCUGCCCAGCUGCCUGUGUAUGCCUCUCUGGUGGUUCAUUCCAGAGUCUCCUCGAUGGUUGCUCUCUCAAGGAAGAACAGAAGAAGCCGAGGCCACACUCAGAAAUGCAGCUGAAAUGAACCACAUUGAGCCUCCAACAGUCAUCUUUAGCUCUUUACAGAACAGAGUGAAGACCGAGGAGAGGAGGCCCUGCAACAUCUGUGACCUGCUCCGUUCUCCAAACAUCCGCUGGAUCUCGAUCACGCUGUGGGUGAUCUGGAACACCAUCACCAUCGCCUACUUUGCCCUUUCCCUGAACACAGCGAACCUCAACGGAAACGCCUACUUCAACUGCUUCCUGUCCGCCCUGAUGGAGAUGCCAGCCUACGUUCUGUCCUGGGUUAUGUUUCGCUGGUGCUCCAGACGAAUGAGUGUUUUCUCAUCACUUUCCUCAGGAGGGUUGUUUCUACUCAUCAUACAGCUCAUACCAGCACACUUACCUGCUCUGUCCAUAACAUUUGAGAUGUUGGGGAAGUUUGCGGUGUCCACUGCCUUCGCCGUUGUGUACGCCUACACAGCAGAGCUUUACCCCACUGUGCUGAGGAACACGGCUGUCGGCACAUGCUCCAUGGCCUCCAGGAUAGGCAGCAUUAUUGCUCCAUUUUUCAUCUAUUUACGAACCUAUUCGGUCUCCCUGCCUUACAUCCUAAUGGGAAGCCUGACCGCUGUGACGGGGUUGCUGAGCCUCCUGCUGCCUGAGAGCUUUGGAAUGCCGCUGCCGGACACAAUCAGUCACAUGCAGCAGUUCCCUGGAUGUUGCCAAAAGACACCAAACACUGAAGAUGAGGAAAAAGCUGUGGAAGAAAGGUCUCUGGUCAGAAGGAGCCGCCCUCAAAUCAAUCAGCAGCCAUGAAGUCCAAGAAUGACAAAAUCCAUUUGAUGUGGGAAACCAAACAGAAAAAACAGUUUGAAUGAUUCUUUGUCUAACGUUUCCAUGAACACCAUGAACAUACCGUACAGAUACCUGUACCGUUCUCUACUGUGCAUUAUUGUUACCAUUUCUCUCCAUUAAUACAACUUCAGCCACAGUUGAUAUUGCUGAUAAACUGAAAAUGAUGUAGCAGAAAAUACAGUUUAGAAAAUAAAGUUACUCAAAUACAGGUUAGUCUUUAGCUUAAAUUUUGGUUUUACAUACAACACUGUGAAAUUUUCAGAUUGUUUAUAUAAUUUCUGAUUUGAUAAGAGAGUCACAUGAACCUGUACUUUUUAGCAGUUCUCUAAUAAAUCAUGCGUUUUUGAAACAAUGAUAAAAUUACAUUUUUACUGCACAUUUUACUGACUUGUAAUGACUUUCCUUAUUUUUGAUGUUAGUUUGAUUAUGACUGUGUUUUAAAGUGAUAUAUUGAGCUGUUAUUGAAUUGACCAGGGAGAAGGAGAAUCCCUGUUGGGACUGAAGGCAAGCCGAUAUCCAAGCUGCUGGAUUUAUUUUGAACACUAAAAUUACUCCAAGAGAAUAAAAUUAGCUUUACUCACUUUAAAACCUUUGGGUCUGCUGUUCACCGGAUUUUAAAAGCAGAAAAUUAUUUUAAGACCGAAAGGCUUUAAUCUAUGCUGCCGCCAGAGGGCGAUGUAGGCAAACAAAUAUAUGUGGAUGAAACGAUGAAAACCAGAUUUCUACUCCCUAGAGCAGGAGGGUCAAACUCAUGUUCAUUUGGGCCAUAUCAAAACAGGAAGACUUUCCAAAACAGUUCAACACUGCACCAAUUAUUUAAAUUGGUUUAAGGUUAAUUAAGUUUAAGCAAUGUAUCAUAGAGGAUCCAUGCAGUGACAUUGAAAAGGCAGCUUAUUUUUCUCCAGCGUUAGUUUCCAUGUUUAAAUUUAUAUUCUUGUUUAACGCAAACAGUUUAAAUUUCUGAAUUAUUAAAGCAUGGACAUUGUUUUUGAAAUAUUUAGAUUAAAUUUCAUGUAUUGAGUAGAUGCCAAAAUGCAUGUUGAAAUGUAACAGACCCAAACAUAUUUGAUAAUAUUCAUAGAAAAGAUCAUAAUCUUAAUGCAAUCACUAAUCCCUACUUGUUGCCUCUCAGCUAUUUGCAGACAUUUUUCCUUCACUGACUGACUUUCAACCAUGAGCUUCAGAUUCCAACAGGCUUGCUACACAUUACACCCCUUCAAAUUGUAGUUUAAUAUAAAAAUAUCUGCUGGACAGUUUAUUUUAAUCAGAAGGAUAGAUGCAAAUAUAGAGUUGGAAUUAGAAACUAAGUUAUUAUGUGCUAAGUAAAUAAGAGAAACAUUCGCUUUAUAAACUAGUUUAUAACACUUUUACAGCAUCAGAGUCUCCAGUUUUUUAAUCUCCUCCUUCACCAGAUUAGAAACAUUUCCUCUAGAUUCCACCAGAGGGUGCUAAAAGCUCAAGAAGCUCAAGGACAGAAAUGUAAUAUUGUCUGCCAACUUGUUGCUCUUGUGUCAUGCAGCUUCUCUUCCCACAUGCUGUUACAUGCUGGCUUCAACUGAAGAAUCAGAAUAAUCUACAAGGAGCAGAAAGAGAGACAAAUAAAGUUUAAAUAUGUGUCUAACUGCGAUAAACGUUUUGGGGGUAAAAUUACAGACAUUUUUUAACAUGAAAAAAAUAAAGCAGACUUUUACUUCUGACCUAUUACGGCAGCCUGACAGUAUUUCUCUCAGACUGAAUGCUACUGUAGCUUCUCUUCAGGGUCACAACGCAGCUUCUAUUAUUGAACAACGUGGAACCCACUGUUCCUUCUUCUUCUGGUUUAGAUUCUGUUUGAAUCCAACUAAAAGACACUCCUCUUUGUGCAAAUGCAUUAAACCCUUUACCAAAUAACAUUCCUAUACCAAACCAUACAGCUGGCCCAUUGUGUGAAUGGAGUUGGAAUUAAACUUUAACUUGCAUGAUGAUGGCUGAGGUCUGUUAAGUUUCAGAUGACCUGGUAGUUGUGAUGAAUGUUUUUUUGUCCUUCAGAUAGUUAUCAUGACAUUAGAACAGCUGACCUUUAAGCCAGUGGCGGAUUGCUGAAACUAAAUGUAAUAAGAGUAACAUAACUCACACCACCAAUGAAGCUCCAGUGGAUUUCUAGCAGAAUGUUAUGCUGACAUUUUUUUCCCACAUUUUGGAUUUC